UAUUUGUUCCACGACGUUUCGUUGCGCAACUCAAUUCUAAAUUCUAAAAUGGCCCAUUAAGGCCACCGUAUAUCAGGAAGCAGGAGUCUGUACGUAGGUAAAUAAAACCAGCCGAUCGCUUUUAUCGGUCAAAAAGAUUCUGUAAGGAACGUGACAUCUUCUCACUCAGCAGUCUUCAUGUUUAGGUUGCAGUUGUACGUGGCUGUCAUAUAGAUUUGAUGAACUCCCAUCAGCCGUUUCACUGAAGUCAGUGAAGUCGGGGUUGUAUACAGCACAUCGCCAUGUCGAGAAAGCAGUCAGGAAAGCCUGUACGUGGGAACAGGAAAUGUGAGCUGGAGAGAAAGAGGGAUGAACGCGCAGCCCGUAGGGCUCUGGCCAAAGACCGAAAAAAUCGGCCUCCAGGAGAGGAGGAAGGAGAGGAAUUUGUUAGUUUUUCCAACCAACUCAAAGCACUUGGUCUCAAACUAAGAGAGGUCCCAGGAGAUGGAAACUGCUUGUUCCGAGCUUUGGCGGAUCAGCUGGAGGGACACUCACGAGGUCACUUGCGUCUGCGCCAGGAGACUGUUCAGUACAUGACGUCUCACAGGAAGGACUUUGAACCUUUCGUUGAGGAUGAUGUGCCAUUCACUAAGCACGUGUCAGACCUUGCAGAGCCAGGGACCUUUGCAGGCAACGAUGCAAUAGUGGCCUUUGCUCGCAGCCAGCAGGUGAAAGUGGUCAUCCAUCAGCUGAAUGCUCCAUUGUGGGAGAUAAAUGGAUCAGAGAAGCCAUUAUGUCAGGAGCUCCAUAUAGCGUACCGUUAUGGUGACCAUUAUGACAGUGUCCGGCAGAUUGCAGACAACUCUGAGAGCCCUGCCUGUCUGCGUAUAGCGAAUCUAAAUAAUUCAAGACGGUUUGGUGAUGGGGAGAAGGACAAACAGAGAGUCCCCUCCCCUAGCCAUUCUCCCUCUGACGAUGAAGAUGUUAUCCUGAAUUCCCUGAAGACCACCAGCCCAAACAGUCAAGCGGUAAAUCCGUGCCAAUCAAUUGCAACCUCACAGACGUGCCAUGCAGAAUGGCUUGAAUCCGAGCUGAAGAACCAAUCAACACCCUGUGGCUUUGGAACAGGGAAAAUGCCCACAAAUCAAAGUGAACGUAGUGACCGCGUGUGUCUGCCUGAGAGUGGUACCAAAUACAAACCCAAGAUGUCUAAUAAACAAAGGAAAGAGCAACAGCGUCUAGAGAAGAAGAAGAAGCAGGAGGAAAGGCACAGACAGAAAGUUCUUCAAGGCAAAGGUUCACAUGACCAUGACCAGAAUCAGAAUCUGCCUGAACCGGUUACACUUGUGCCAGCUCUCAACACUCUAAGCAUCUAAAAUAGUCUUGGACAAAUAAUUCUAAAAGGUGACUCUGCUGCUUUUUAUUCAGUUAUCCAAGUAUAGCAAGAAAUGGGUAAUCUCUACAUUGUGUAUAUGUGGAGAACGUGAUUAAGUGCAUGGAAAUGUGCUGCCAUCUUAAUGACAAUAAGAGGAAAUUCUCUCUUUCGGGUAAAACCAUCAUGGUAUGUGCUAUGGUUGCCUUAGCUAAACUAUCAUAUCUUCACUUAUUUUUUAAAUUUACUAUUAUUUAGAACCAAAGAACAGUCCAAACUGUAACUGGGCAGUAUGGAGAAUAGCAUUACGUUAUGGUUGAUGUUGGUGAAUUGAAAGAAAUUGUUUUUUCCUUUGACUUAUAAGGAAUUAGUUUCUGCUCCUGAUAAAGGCUGCCAACCUUUAUUGAAAUUAGUGGGGUUCUUGUUUGGUUUACAUUUUUGCAUUCCCUUACAGAGGAUUUGCCAUCUUUAUAUUUUGAAACAUAAUUACAUAUUGAGAAUAUCAGCAUGCAUUCAGUAUUUCAUGUGAGGAAUCAUUCAUUGCAUAUUCAUAACCCGAAGAAUUGUUCUGUAAUUCUAGUCAUUGUUCAUCUGUUCAUGUUACACAAAUGAGUAAGCAUCACAAUUUUAUACGGAAGUGGAAAUCUAUUUAUUUAAAAUCAACAAUAAAGUUUGGGGAGUCUUGUACAGUAUAAGA